GCGUGUUCGCCACUAGAGGACGACUGGAGAAUCUCUCUUUGCCAACAUUCGGCGGCUCGAACUUGUGGGAAGCGAAGCACGAGCAAACACAACCCGGCGCUGACUGCAUCUAUCGGCGUGUGGUCGAGCACGUAGCAGGUUGACAACCAUGAAGCUAUUUUGGGCUGUCGUUGUCCUUGUGGUGAGCUGUUGGAGAGCGAACGCAUCCACAGCCCCAACCAUCAUCACUGAUCCUACCGAGGUCAACAACCAGACCUCCGCCGUGCUGAGCUGCAAUUUGACCGACACUACUCUCGUCGUCAAGGGAUCAUACUGGACGCACAACGGCAAAGUCAUCGAGACGUCCAAAUCCACGGCCGUUGACCACAGCACGAUCCUGCGAUUGGACAAGAUCACCUACAGCUCUGGUGGAAAGUACGCGUGUGUCUUCCAGAGUGAGCCAGAAGUGCAGCAAACGAUUGAAGUCAAAACCCUCCCCCACGUCGCACCGUACAAGCACUCAGAGCACGGCAAUGAGCGAGACAAAGGUGUGAUGGUGUGUGUGAGCCAUGGCUACCCACUGCCCACUGACUGGAACUGGUUCAAGGUUCAAGAUGGCGCCCAAGAGCCCAUCAUCAACGGUACCAGCGACAAGUACGAGAUCAAGAGCACCCCCAACAAGACCGUGCUGACCAUCACUGACCUGAGCAUCGAGAACGACGUGGGCGACUACAUCUGCUCCGGCACCAACGACAUUGGGACCAACACCGCCCAGAUCCACCUGCGCGUGCGCAGCCGCCUCGCUGCCCUCUGGCCCUUCCUCGGCAUCGUGGCAGAGGUCAUCAUCCUGGUGACCAUCAUCCUCAUCUACGAGAAGAGGAGAAAGCCCGAUGAGGUCACUGAUGACGACGACUCAGGCUCGGCUCCUCUGAAGAGCAACUCGAAUGCCAACCACCAAGACAAGAACUUGAGACAAAGGAAUUCCAACUAGAUAUUAAACAGAAGGAUGUCCAGAUGGCAGCGCUCGUGUCCCAAGUCGUCCCACAUCACCUCGUCCCGCAAACUCUGCAAUGUCAAAAGAACUCAUUUUUUUCCCCCUUUGUCUUCACGUGUUAUUGUUCCUAAUGCUGAAUUCCUCGAUUUCUUCUCUACUAACCUUCACCACGCCAGAGCGCUCUGCCUAUGAGGUGCGUCCUUGCUUGAGGCAAAUGAGCCGCUGUUGCAUGAGUUUCAAUGCCGUCGUAGCCAAUUGUGUGUCUUCUCGUAACAAUAAAAGAAUAAUCCUCGCAGUGUCCGAAAUGAGGACCACUAGUUAGCGCUCUUGUUUCCCUGACAACCUUUAAACACUCUUUGGAUCACUGCCAUUCUUUACACGUUGAUUGGUUGCUUCACAAACUCCGCUCAGCAGUUUUUGAUUUUGCCUUCUUUCUCUCUCGGUCUCGCACUCUCACCACUUGGAAGUAUGACUUCAAAGUUAAAGCACUCUGCUUGUUUUUUUUUUUUUUUUUUUUUUUUUUUUUUUUUUUUUCCCCAAUAGGAUUGUUUUUUUUUUGUUUUGUUUUGUUUUUUUUACGUUUGGUUAAAUAUAUGGAGCACCAACUGCAAAAAAAAAAGACAUGUAACAGCAGUUGCUGCAUUGACAUAACUCCUGACAGAUGUUUUACUUGCUUUUCAAUUUAUUGAUCUAAAUUUAAACACUUGUUUUUUUGUUUUCAAGUGGGGUGGGGGCAAAUCAUGUCACUGUUAGAAAUAGAACACACUGCGUUCUGUGUGAGUUGUUGUUGGAUGUUACACAACUACAUAAAGAUCUUAGCCAGAUUUGUGUUGAGUUAGCGAGAACGUCACCAUCUGUUGUACGACUUGCACAAACUGAAUAAAUGGUAACAUUUUA